GCAAAGGCCAAACACCUGAAAUACCCUCCAACUCCAGGCUCGGAAGUCGGAAGUUCGCCUGCCUGCCUGCCUAUCACAAAUCCAAAAAACCCUAACUCUAAAAGACUCCUAAAAGCUAAUUCCUGCUUUCAGCCGUUUCCUUUUAUCUGUUCUAUUUCUUUCUUUUAUUUGUUUCUUUAAAUACCCACCGUUAGUCUUUUCUUCUAUCUUGCGUUCUUUCGUUUUUUUUUUGGUAGAAAUGGUUGGAAAAUGAGUUUUUUUUUUUUAACCUCUAUUAGUUUUUGAAUUGAUUUUCUUUCUUCUAUUUGUUUGAAAGUGUUUGAAUUGAAUUUUUUCCCUGCUUGUUUGAACUUACAAAAACUGCUACGGUUAGUGUUUGAAUUGAAUUUCUUUCCCUGUUUGUUUCGAUAGCAAAUUUCUUUUUGUUUUCCCUGUUUGGCUCGUUAAACGAGCCGAUUCCGCCUUCACCCAAAUCUUGAAAAAGAAUAUAGAAAAGGAAAAUUAUGUCUUUAGAAGUGACUAGGAAAGAGAACCAACAGCCAACGCCACCAACGGGUGGUCAUAACGGAAACGGCAUGGCGCUGUUGCAGAGCAUGGCGACGACGCACCGGUUACGGCUGAACCCUAACACGGAGCACAAGCCGGAAAGCUACGAGGGUUUGCAUUUGGAGUUCAGUCCACUUCUGUUCAGCUCCCUGGAACGUUACUUGCCUCCCCCCAUGCUCUCCCACUCUCGUGACUCCAAGCUCCAUUACAUGCGCGAUAUUAUUCUUCGUUACUCUCCUGAAGGCGAACGUACUCGCGUUCAAAAGCAGCGAGAAUACAGGCAAAAGAUUAUAUCACACUAUCAGCCUCUACAUAGGGAACUGUAUGCCAUGCAUGCCUCAAACUUCUUUGCGCCCUCGUUUCUCAAAGCAAUUAAUGAGAAUAAAGAGGAAAGUUUUAGAAGUAUAAUGGCUGAACCUACUCAAGGAGUUUUUACAUUUGAAAUGCUUCAGCCCCAUUUCUGUGAAUUGUUGUUAUCUGAGGUAGAAAACUUUGAAAAAUGGGUCCACGAGACAAAAUUCAGAAUCAUGCGACCGAACACAAUGAACAAAUUUGGUGCUGUUUUAGAUGACUUUGGUCUGGAAACCAUGCUUGGCAAGUUGAUGGAGGACUUUAUCCGACCUAUAUCCAAAGUUUUCUUUUCUGAUGUGGGUGGAUCUACUCUGGAUUCUCAUCAUGGUUUUGUUGUUGAAUAUGGAAUUAACAGGGAUGUUGAGCUUGGUUUUCAUGUAGAUGAUUCAGAAGUCACCUUAAAUGUUUGCUUGGGUAAACAAUUUUCUGGUGGGGACUUGUUCUUCCGAGGUGUUCGGUGUGAUAAACAUGUCAAUACAGAAACCCAGUCAGAUGAAAUUUUGGAUUAUUCUCAUGUUCCAGGACGGGCAGUUCUUCAUCGUGGGCGCCAUAGGCAUGGUGCAAGAGCCACAACAUCUGGUCAUCGGGUCAACUUACUUUUGUGGUGCAGAAGUUCGGUCUUCCGUGAGCUGAGGAAAUAUCAGAAAGAUUUCUCAAGCUGGUGUGGAGAGUGCCAACGUGAGAAAAAGGAAAGACAGAGAGUCUCAAUUGCCGCUACCAAACAGGAAUUACUGAAGAGGGAAGGGAAACCUGCGACUUGAACUCAGUUUUCGGUACCAGUUAUUUUGUAAAAUAGUUGGGAGUCGUGGCAUUGUUAUAAAGAACAAGCAAUAUUCAUUGUAAUGUUGUUAGCGAGGUCCAUUGCCAAAUUGGGAUAUGGUAAAGAUGAUCAUGUGUGUCUGUCUUCAUUGUACGUCAAUGCUGUACAUACGCAUCUUGAACUUGAACUAUAUAAGUGUGUUUCGCCAGUCAAUGUCUGCAAAUUGAACCUGCAAUUUGUUCUGAACAUUCCAAAUUACCCAAUCAUUAGGGAAAGAAUUGAAAAACUUAUGGCUUA